UGCGUGGUCAAUUAAUUGCCAAAAUCUGGACGCUACCUGAAGAAGAAGAAGAAAGAAGCUACGGCUCUGGGAGCUCGACAAGAAAUGGCGGUUGACUGGUCGGAGCUUCCACCGGAGAUGAUCUCCGCUAUCGCCGAUCAACUCAAACUCCACAUUGAUUAUAUCCGAUUCCGAGCUGUCUGCAAGUCAUGGCGACUCUCAACCAAAACCAUCCCUAUCCAUCUCCCUUCCCAGUUACCAUGGCUAAUGCUCCCUCAAAACGGAGCUUACCAAACCCGUCGCCGCGGAUUCUUCUCCAUCUCCUCCAACAAACUCCACUUCCUCAACCUUCCUGAAGCCUCCCACCGUCGACGCAGCUGCGGUUCCUCCCAUGGCUGGCUCGUCAUCCUCGACGAGUCUCCUUCCAUCUUCCUUCUAAAUCCCCUCACAAGGGAACGAAUCAAUUUACCGCCUCUUUCAGUCUUCCCAAACGUAGUCGAUUUCGAUUUCUACCGCGUCGGUCGCGAGUAUAUCCUACAGUACGCUGCCGGCGGCGAUACUUAUGCCCGAAGUUUAAAGCACAUGCGCGAUUAUUUCAUCAAGAAGGUAAUUCUUUCCACUAAUCCGUCGAAUGAUUCUGAUUUCAUCGCGUUAGCAAUUUUGAACCAAUCAGGCGAUCUUGCGUUCUGUAAGAAAGGCGACCAGUCAUGGAGGAUUAUAGAAAACGCACAAUCCUACUGUGAAGAUGUUAUAUAUCGCGGCGGCGACGGAUUGUUUUAUGCGGUGGAUAAUUUCGGGAAAAUUGCUGUUUGUGAUCUUCACGGAGAUUCGCCUAGGGUUUCAUUUAUUGAAUUGUCGAGGCAGAGACGCGGCGAUAUGCAGUAUUUGGUGGAAUCUUCCGGUGAAUUGUUGCUUGUUACUCGUUAUCUAGACUAUUUAUUCAUCGACAAUCAGUUCGGGAUGGAGUUCAAAACAGUGGAAUUUAAAGUGCACAAGCUUGAUAUCAGUGGCCCCCCGAAAUGGGAUAGAGUUGAGAGCUUGGGCAACCUGAUGUUGUUCUUGGGCGAGAAUUCAUCAAUGGCAUUCUCAGCAUCUGAUUUCCAUGGAUGCAAGGGGAACAGCAUAUACUUCACUGAUGAUUAUUCGGACUUGAGCUUUGAUGGUUGUGUAGGGAAUCAAGACAUUGGAAUUUACAACUUCGAUGAUGAUACUCUGGAACAGUUGCCCUGUUAUCCCUACAAUUCAAACUUCCGGCUAAGGUGGCCUCCUCCCAUCUGGAUUAGUCCAAAUCCAUGUUAAGCCAGACAGACAGACAGGUAAGUUCAAUCAAUCAAUCUCAAGUGUGAAUUUGUGCCUUUGAGUGAUUAUGACCAUGAAUUGGACUUUGUAUUUAUUUAUUUAUUUAUUUAGUUGUACUGCUGUAAUAAGAAGUUCAUGAAUCCUGUGAAUAUUCAUGUCAAAUGAACUGGUUAUGAUUGAAGAAAGCUAAUAAGGAAGAUUGUAUGUGUCAACUUAAAUAAUACACUUUUGUCUGCACUGGUUUUAUAUUGCCA